AUUUGGCAGAUCUUCUAAGCCUCUAAGUAUUUGACAAAUCUAUGACCUCAUUUUGUAGAUAAGCAAAAUUAUGAUUAUAUUACGAUAAGAAUCAAAAGUUCAAAAGUUCCUAAAGCUUCUGACGAGUGAUAUUGUUCUCUAGUCGUCACUUUACUGAGUCUCACCCAUAAUCCUCAACAGCUGGCCAUCAGACUUUCGGUGCUGUUUUAACUGGCUUUUCAAUCUCGUCAUCUUUUUAGAACUGACAACUAGUUUAUAAUCGUAUGUCACAGGAUAAUUAAGGAGUUUUUCAGGAACAUAUUUUUUUCGAACGAAAUUAUAGAGAGUCUCAUCUUUUGCGUAUUCUGGGGAAAGAUACUCAGUAUCUGGGUUGCUUUCAAGGAAAUGAUUUGGUAAUUCUUCAGAAACGGUAUCUAAGUAAAAAGGCUUGUGAGAUCCAAUGAGUGAAGUAUUUUCGUCGAUGGUGGUAUGAAGUCCAUUGACUGAAUUUGAAGACGAGCCUGAUGAUCCCGAUCGAGGUUUCUUACGUUGGUCUGGGAGCCAAUAUUUACGGCCAUCAGAAGAAUAACGCAGCCCAUCGUAAAUACGCUGAUUAAAGCUGGCAGAAUUUGGAUAGAUUCGAUUAUCGUUGAUGGAGUCAAAAUUGCGAAAAUUGUACAUAUCUCCAUACAGUGUUGUCAUUUUGAGGUCGUAAGCAAGAUCUCCAAGAGAAAUCCAAUCUUUGAAGGCAUGGAAAGUAGACACGCGGGCUGCAUCACCAUAUUUAUCCUGAGUGAAGUCAGUAUAUGGAAAAGAAUGCCAGUGCAAUAAUGCAAAGAAUAUCAUUUCACAACAUAACAAUGCAUUUUGAAUUUGACUCCCCGUCAAAUUGGCCAAGUCUGAUGGACUCUUCUGGGAGAUCAAACCUGCCCAAGUCAUUACAUCAAGCAUCAAGCCUUGCCAAUACGAAGCAAAAAUGAUUAGCUUCACACACAUAAAUUUACCCCAAGGGCUAAACUUUUUUAGCUCGGAAUAUAAGCAUUUCCAGAACAUAGCAAGAUAGUAUAGUGAGAUAGUGACACUCACAUUAUAAGCUAUUCCUGUCCAAGUGUACAAGCUCCCCCAUGAAAUGUCUGAGCUAUCAUAUAUUCCGGCAAUAGAUCCAACUAUGAUCACUAAAUAUAAAAGUGGUUUAACCCACACAUAUUGUAGGAUACAUCUCUUGACGAGUAAAAAGUGUGAAGGGUUGGAAAAGUCAAUGGGACAGAAGAUGAUAUUAGCGGGAAACGGAUGGUUUGUUUUCGGCUUGUCAAAUGAGUGUUGAAUGAUUUCUCGUUCACCCCCAAGCAUAUAAACAAGGAGCUUGUAAAACGUAUAGAUAACUAGCGCUUCGUAAAUUUCUCUAAUCGGUUCAAUGAUAUUCCCUAUGCUUGGGUUGAUCAAAGUUACAAAGCAAGUGAUCGCAAAUAAUGGAACAAUAAGCAGUAUUCUGAUUAUGAGUCGCUGUUCAAAUGGUUUUCUGUAGUUACUCGACUGCAGAUAAAUAGCCAAGGUUGAUAUCAUCAACGAUGUCAAACUGGUCGUCCCGCAAACAGCGAUCAACCAUUUAGAUAUCACUGUGGACAUACCUUGGUCUGUCCGCUGAAAGAUUUCAAGGCGUACAACGGGCAAUCGUGAUCUCGGCAACUGUAUUGACGUUGACUGGAUUCAGAUCCUCCACGACGAUUUAGCAAUCAGGAAAGUAUCAGUUUGAUGGAAGGUCGAUAGUCGGGUCGAAUUAUUUAUAUUGAUUUGAUUGCAGAGCUUGAGAAUGAGAUCGCUUAUAUGGUUCCUCAUACCCCUUGCAAGCUGUGCAGGCAUCGCAGUACACAUGAAUAUAUUAUCGAGAGUCUAUUCAGAUCUACCUGAAGACAUACAAGAUUUGACGGGAUCUCUCCUAGCGGGGGCCUUUCAUCCAGACUCGUUCUACGACUGUAUGGGGCAUUCGAAUGCUGGCGAAGAAGCCCAUUGGCCUCCUUUCUUGCGAGAACUUGUAUUGACAUAUAAGCAAAUGGCAGAACCAGAUAAUAAAAUGAAAGCAUUUAUCUAUGGUGUUUUCACACAUCAAAUUGCAGAUAUCAAUUGGCAUUCACUGCAUAAAUCUCAGGGACUGCUCCAAUAUUUGGCACACAUCGAAUUCAAUGGAAACGUGAGUCAAGCGCACUCAUUUUUGGAUACAGGGGCAGACUUUCUCGUACUAUCGCACCAGUUCGAGAACCUUGGACUCGAUCAAAGAAUUAGUCUUGCGGAAUAUUAUUCCACUCCUUGGGACUUUCCUACAAAAGAGCUAGUUAAAACAUACAGGAAGCUGGGGUUUGAAGUGACUGAAAGUGAGAUCGAAUUUUGCAUGAUGAGAGGCUACGCGGCAUUACAGGGUGAAUUGGGAACAUUUAGAUCUUUCACUCCAGCGGUACGAUAUAGAUCCCCCCUUCUCAAUGAAGUUCUGGAUGAUUACUACUUUGGAGGCCUGAGCGAUAUAAUUUACACCAUUAGUUGCUGCAUGAAAGGUCUCUCUCGACUUUUUGACGGCACAAUGGUGAACGAUCCAUGGCUGAUUUGUUCAAUUUUUCAACCAAAUCACAAUGAUGCUACCACCUCAAGUAAUUAUGCAAUCAGAUCAAAUGAUCAGCAAAUACAUAUGACACGCAAAGGUGAUGGUGCGUUGCACCUCUGGAGUGAUAGUGUAAAUUCAAAGUUUGGCACCAGUUUGUUGUUUCAUAUAACGGCUUCCGGAUACGCCGAGCUACUUAUUGGAGCAGAGUACGACGGAGGACUAGGAUCUGUAUAUGUCUUGCCACUGAAAAACUUGUUUGAAGGGCAGGUGCAUGUUAUAAGCACAAAGCCACACGAAGAAACCAACAAGCUUACAUUUGCUCCCAGGUUCGGGCAUGGAAUGGCAAGAUGGAAUACAUCACGGCACUCAUUCCUUGUGAUUUCAGAACCGGGACUAUCGCAGCUAAAUGUUUUUCUUGACUCGCGACUUGUGGCUGUGAUCCAUGAUGAGAAGGCCCGAACACAGUUAGGCAUUAGCGGCCCCAAACAAAUGGGGCUGAUACUUACGGUGAACGACGUGAAUGAUGAUGGAAUCAACGACCUUAUAGUGGGAUCUUGUCACUAUGACACUUUAGACGCAAUACAAAGAGGAAUUGUGAAAAUCUUGAGCGGAGCACAUUUUGCGAAGCUUAUUGAAGAGUACAUCGAUUCUGCUUUGGGAAUACACGGUUUUCCGCUACAUAUAAAUGACGAACAAAUAGAGAUCAAUUGCUUCACCAUCCCUCGCCAAUUGCAGCGAGAUUCUGGAUAUGAUGAGUUUGCAACCUCAAUUGCAUUCUCAGCAGAUAAGUUGUUUAUUGGCUCAGCAGGAAGCGGUACGCUUGCUAUAUUUAAUAAAUCAGGGGAGUUUUUGUAUAACAUGAUUCCCGACUUUCAUGUCAGAGCUAUCCAAAAUACACCUUUUGGGUCUAAUGGGCUCUAUGGAUAUCACAAAAUCAUCACAGGGAGUUGGAACGAAAUUGCAUGGAUUAUGGUCUUUGCGAACUCCGAAACCGUUGACAAUUGUCUGCUGUGUGGAGUAGCAUACCUAUAUGUGGACCGUCAAAGGCUAGAAUUGGUAGCAAAGGUCAGACCUGAGAAAGGACAACAACUGUUUUUUGGUGUCAAUGCCUUAGCACGAGGAAAUGAUGUAUACGUUGCUGCAGAAGGUUGGCUGGACGGUGCUGGUGCCAUCUGGAAAAUAAAUGUGGGAAAGAUAUUGGAAGCUAAUGCGAAUACGAAAUUCAAGCAGGAAAUUCUACUAUCUGAAGAAAAAACCGAGUUUGGCGGGAUUAUAAUUCAUGGUACCGUUGGUGAAGGUUAUUCGGGAUUUGGAAGGUCGCUGGAGGUUUUCGAAUUUCAGCAAGAGCUAUACAUUGCAGUGGGAAGGCCCUUGUAUGGUUAUGGAUCUGUAAGCGGAUUGACUGGAGCGGUAGACAUUCAUAGAUUGGAAGAUUAAGUGUGUGGCAUCUAAUGUAAAUAAUCAAUAAGAAAGGCGAACAAGAAUGUAGUGAUAGCACUCAUUAGCAAAUUAACGGCAUUGUUGCUGAGCAGGUCCGCACCACUGAUCGGCUUGGUUCCAGGCAAGUCUUUGGCCAACCUUUCACCUUGUGCACCCUCAACGACAACUUGAAGGUCUGAGUCCAGCAGACUGAGUUGGCAAAAAGCACCAAGAAAAGAGUCAAUGAGUGAGCCGAUGACUCCAGACACGGUGAAAAAGAUCAGUUGCUUCCAUCCAAACUUCAAGUAUGCGGCUGAAACAAGAGCGAUCAGGAAACUUCCACAGAACCCAGCCCACAAACCCAGCCUGGAUAUAGCACCGUUCGUUCCCCGGGGAACAUGUGCGGACCAGUUGUAGCAAAGUACAGGAGUCUCUUGGGACAAGAUGCCUAUUUCUGAGCUCAAGGUAUCUGCGGUAACAGCACAAUAAUUGACUAUUGUUCCUACUUGGGCGAAUCUCGUUGGAAUCAGGGUCAACAAAGAACCGAGAAUUAGUAGUGUCGCCACGAAACUAUUCGAGAGCACUUGGAUGUAGGAGCGUGUUGUGUCGUCA